CUCGUAGUCGCAAUUGUUAGUAGCAAGUAGUAAGUUAGUAGAUGCUCAUGCUCAUAGUAGGCAAAGAAAAACAAUCAAAAAAUACCUUAAACAAAAAUAAUAAUCAAAAAAAAAAGAUCCAUGAUGCUCCACUCUCCUUUCAAAUCUAGCCUCGAGGGCCGCCCGCCCUGCAGCUCCCUGCCUAAUCGGGAAGUGACCAGGCCUGCUCAACUUCCACACCCUUUCAUUUUCCGCCCUCUCACUCACCCUCUCACCCUCUCUCACCCUCCCUCCAGCUCCUCCUUUCUCGCCCCUGCUCCUUCCAGGUGGACUAGUUCCAGUUCAGUAGUUGUUCUUCUAGUACCCUCUCCUCGUUUCCUGGCCUUUGAAAUUCUCUUCCUUCUUCUUUUCUUCUUUCUUUCUUUCUUCUUUUUCUUCUCCUCUUCCUCUCCCCAUAUACUCAUUCUAAUCCCUCCCUCCCCCCCAACUCAAAAGAGGUCUUUCUCUUCUUUCCCAAACUUUACCCUUUCUCCUUCAUUGUGAUACCCAAGCUCUCUCUAGCUUUGCGCUAAACAGAGCUCUUGUUUCUUUUCCUUCAAGAUACCCCCCCUUCUCUAAACGAUACCCCUCUUCAGCUCAACGCGCAAACUAAUCUACGCAGCCACCCCAGCUUCAACAACUCUUAGCUAAUCCAUCACUAUCGACUAUAAUUACACCUUUAAUCAAUCUAACCCCCAAUAUCAUCAUGUCUGAAGUCCAGAAGCCCGUUGAGGAGACUGCUGCGCCUGUCGUUGCUCCUGUCACCGA